AUGCCGCCGCCAUCAUCCGAGCCCGUGCACAAGGGCACGCUCGUCUGCGUCGUCCUCAAGGCGCGCAACCUGCCCAACAAGAAAUCCAUCGGCAAGCAGGAUCCCUACACCGUCCUCACCAUGGGCACCGAACAGCAAAAGACCAAGCCCGACAAGCGCGGCGGUCAACAUCCCACCUGGGACGAGCAGCUCCACUUUGAGAUCUACGAAGACAUGGAAGACGCCCUCGCAAAGGCCUCCAACACUGGCUCCGGCUCCGCUGCCAAGUCCGCCUCCUCCUCCGCUACAGACAAACUCAAGGGCGGCAAAAAGGUGCUCAAGGUGGCGUGCUACGCCGACGACAGCAAGGAGCCCGAGUUCAUCGGCGACGGCAUUGUCGACCUCACAGACACGCUCAAGACCGGCGAGUUCGACGAGUGGGUCACCAUCAAGGCAAAGGAUCGCUAUGCAGGCGAAGUCUACCUCGAGCUCACCUUUUACUCGUCCGCUGCGCCCCCCAAGAAGCGCAAGCCCCACACCAAGCCUCAACUCUCCGGCACAGACACCUACGGCGGCGCAGGCACCUUCCAGCGCAUCGACGACCUCGCCGAUUCAGCUGCCCCACCAAAGCCACCCAAGGGCAAGACCGACCAUCCUCCCAUCCCUGCCUCCAUGCGGCCCGGUGGCGGCGCUGCCGCUGCAUCCGCUGCCAACUCGCACGGUCGCAUGUCCAGCAGCAUGUCUACCUCCAGCCUCGCUUCCUCCCUCCACAGACCCGCCGGCUCCUUGUCGCACUCCCAGACCAUGCACGACCUUGGCGCUGGCACCAUCCGCCCCAGCUCGUCGCUCGCCAACCUCGACGCCUACACCCCAGCCUACGCCCCCGCCAGCAUCUCGCGCUCCACCAGCCCCGUCCCGCCCUCGUCCGCCUACCACUCGGCUGCGCCCUCGCACGCCUCGCACGCCUCGCACGCCUCCUCCAUCGGUCCCGCCGCUGGGUCUUCGCGCCGCAACAGCUUCGCCGCUCCCCAUCCCUCCGAGUUUGGCCAUAGCGUCACGCCGUCCGCAUCGUACUACGCACAGCACUCCAUGACUCCCUCGCAGAGCCACCACCAUCUUGCUGCCGCCCAGCAGCCGUCCGAGGCCAGCGACGAUCGCUACGCCACCAUUCGGCCCGGCGCAGUGGUGCAGCAGCAUCAGGUGCAGCAGCACCACCAUGCGCAGUAUGGCAUGCCGCGCUCGCACUCCAUAUCCCACGUGCCCGCGUACGCUCAGAUGCCCCAGCCGGACUACGGCGCCGAUCAGCUCGCGCACUCCAUGGGCCAGAUGAGCUUCCAUGCGCCGCCCGCGUCCUCGGGCACCGACAAGCCGCUGCCACCGCCAACGCCCGUGCAGCAAGAAGAAAGGCCGCCGCAGUCGCACAUUUACCAGACACCCGCGCACCUCGCCUCGCUCUACACGCCGCCCUCGACGGUAGGUUAUGCAGCGCAGCACGAGGUGCAUCAGGGCUUGCAGAGGCCAGUGUCGCCCGCGGCGAGGCCGGCAUCGGCGCUUUCGCAGUACAGCACCAGCCCCGCAGCGCCACAUGCACAGUCGGUCGUGAAUGCGCAGGCGUACUAUCAGCAGCAGGCGUCGCAGCCACCGCCGCCGCCGCCGCCGCAGCAGCAGCAGCAGCAGCAACAGCCGCAGGUGGGCGCGUACUUGUCGCAGCCGCAGUCGGUGCCGCCUCGUGCCGCCUCGCCGGGCAUUCCGCAGGGAUACACGCCUAUUCCUUCGCCCUAUAGUCAGCCGCCUGCGCCGCAGCAUCAUCAGCAACCGCCUCCUCCGCCGCAGCCUGCACCACCACCUCAACAGGUGGCAGCGUCGGGGCACGUUUCGCGACCUUUGCCGUCGACGCAGAGUUCGACAUCGUUGGCGUCGCAGGCUGUUCCGCCGCCGCAUGCGUAUUCGCAUCUGUACCAGGCGGUGCAACAGCCUUCGCCUCCGCCCGCGCACGCGCACACGCACUCCUACUCGCAAUCGAGCUGGACUGGUCCUCCCCCCUCACAGCAGCCUGCGUAUUCUGCACCACCGAACGGGGGUGGGAUUGCAGCAUCGACGAGUGGGUAUCUCUACACCCAAGGUGGCGAGGGAUGGGCACCGCAGCGUUCGCCAUCGCCUCUACCGCCCAUUCCACAGCCACAGAAUUAUUCGGCUGCACCUUACCCUCCCGCAGCGGCGGCAGCGGCGGGGUAUGCGUAUGCAAAUCAGCCACAGUACGCCCAGUAUCCACCGCAGUAUCCACAGCAACAGCAGCAGUACGGCGUGCCCGCUUCGGCGUCGUCAGUGUAUCAGCCUCAUCAGUACCACCAUUAG